AAGACCCUCGGGGACUUGAACCCGUUAUGGUUCCAGCUCGCGGCCGUGGCGCUCUUCGGUCUCUUUUACGCCGCGGCGUCCGCCGCCGCGUCGGAAGUCCGAGAGAUCUCGUUCCAGGAGUUCAAGACGACGCUCCUCGAGCAAGGCCUCGUCGAACGCGUGGAGGUGUCCAACAAGACGCGCGCGAACGUGUACGUGAAACCCUCUCAAGGGUCUUCUUCCUCGUCUUCACCUGGUCCCAACGGCGGCGCCGCGCUCAAGUACGUCUUCAACAUCGGAUCGCUUGACUCGUUCGAGCGAAAGAUGGAGGAGGCGCAGGAGAUCUUGGGCGUGGACCCGCACGAGUACGUGCCCAUCACGUAUCUGAACGAGGUGGCGUGGGGCGCGGAGAUCAUGCGACUCGCGCCCACUUUACUUCUCCUCGCCGGGAUCGUGUUCCUGAACCGACGGAUGGGAGGGAUGGGCGGCGGGAUGGGCGGCGGGAUGGGCGGCGGCGGUUCAGGCGGCAUCUUCAACGUCGGCAAGGCGACCAUCGGCACGCUGGAUAAGAACGCCAAGCACAAGAUCAUGUUCAAAGACGUCGCCGGGUGCGACGAGGCCAAGGCGGAGAUCAUGGAGUUUGUCGACUUUCUGAAGCGCCCGAAGAAGUACGAGGACCUCGGCGCGAAGAUUCCGCGCGGCGCGCUCCUCGUGGGCCCGCCCGGUACGGGCAAGACGCUCCUCGCCAAGGCCACCGCGGGCGAGUCCGGGGUGCCGUUUCUCAGCAUCAGCGGCUCGGACUUCAUGGAGAUGUUCGUCGGCGUCGGGCCAAGCCGCGUGCGCGAUCUCUUCGCGCAGGCGAGGGCGCAGUCGCCCUCGAUCAUCUUCAUCGACGAGAUCGACGCCAUCGGCAGGCAACGCGGCCGCGGCGGGAUGAUGGGCGGGAACGACGAGAGAGAGAACACGCUGAACCAGCUCCUCGUCGAGAUGGACGGGUUCGGAUCGAAGGAGGGCGUCGUCGUGCUCGCGGGGACGAACCGACCGGACAUCCUGGACCGCGCGCUCAUGCGCCCGGGAAGGUUCGACCGUCAGAUCUCCGUGGACCGCCCGGACAUCAAAGGUCGAGAUCAGAUUUUCCGCGUGCACCUCGGGAAGAUCAAGCUCGACGCCGACGUCGCGCACUACAGCGAACGGCUCGCGGCGCUGACGCCCGGGUUCAGCGGCGCGGACAUCGCGAACGUCGUGAACGAGGCGGCGCUCGUCGCCGCGCGCUCGAACGAGCGCGCGGUGUCGCUGCCGCACUUUGAGCAAGCCGCGGAUCGCGUCAUCGCGGGGCUGGAGAAGAAGAACAAAGUCGUGAACAAGGUGGAGAGGAACACCGUGGCGUAUCACGAAGCCGGGCACGCGGUCGUGGGAUGGAUGCUCGAGCACGCGGAGCCUCUGCUGAAGGUGUCCAUCGUCCCGCGAGGCAGCGCGGCGUUGGGGUUCGCGCAGUACCUACCCAACGAGAACCUUCUCGCGACGACGCAGCAGCUCACGGACAUGAUGUGCAUGACGUUGGGCGGUCGCGCCGCGGAGGAAGUGAUGCUCGGGAAGAUAUCCACGGGCGCGCAGAACGACCUCGAGAAGGUGACGAAGAUGGCGUACAACCGCGUCGCGGUGUACGGCAUGAACGAGAAGGUCGGGAUGCUGUCCUUCCCGAGCGACGAUCAGCAGUUCCAGAAGCCCUACUCGCAGGACACCGCGAAGCUCAUCGACGAGGAGGUGAGACUGCUCGUCGCCAACGCGUAUCAGCGCACUUUGGAUCUGAUCACGAAAGAGAGGUCGAAGGUGGAGGCGCUCGCGCAGGCGCUACUCGAGAAGGAGGUGCUCCAGCGGCACGACCUCGUGACCGUGCUCGGGGCGCGGCCGUUCGCGUACGACGGGCAGCAGAACAUCGACAUCUUGAACGAGGGGUUCAAGUUCCCGGAGAAG